AGGGCUUCAAAGUUGGACCGAACCCUUACACUUGGUUUAAUAUGGAAGCUUUGGAAGAGACUUGGAGGAAUCUGCAAAAGAUUAUCGAAGAAAGGGAUAUCGAAUUGAAUAAGGAAACGCAAAGGCAAGAAGAAAAUGAUAAACUCAGAAAGGAAUUUGCCAAGCAUGCCAAUGCAUUCCAUCAGUGGCUAACUGAAACCCGUACAUCAAUGAUGGAAGGUACCGGAUCGCUGGAACAGCAACUGGAGGCAACUAAGCGUAAGGCAGCUGAGGUGCGCGCUCGUCGCUCCGAUUUGAAAAAAAUCGAAGAUCUGGGUGCUAUCCUAGAGGAACACCUUAUACUGGAUAACAGAUAUACGGAGCACUCCACGGUUGGGUUGGCGCAGCAAUGGGAUCAGCUCGAUCAACUUGGCAUGCGUAUGCAGCACAAUCUUGAGCAGCAGAUACAGGCCAGAAAUCAAUCAGGUGUGAGUGAAGAUGCCCUCAAAGAAUUCUCUAUGAUGUUCAAACACUUUGACAAAGAGAAGACAGGAAAACUGAACCACCAAGAAUUCAAGAGCUGUUUGCGUGCUCUAGGAUAUGACCUUCCGAUGGUUGAUGAAGGUCAACCAGAUCCAGAAUUUGACGCUAUUCUAGAUGUGGUGGAUCCAAACAGGGAUGGAUAUGUUUCCUUACAGGAAUAUAUGGCGUUUAUGAUUAGCAAAGAAACAGAAAAUGUGCAGAGUUCUGAAGAAAUAGAAAAGGCCUUCCGCGCGAUUACAGCGGGUGAUAGACCUUAUGUGACUAAGGAGGAAUUAUAUGCGAACCUGACCAAAGAAAUGGCGGACUAUUGCGUUGCCAGGAUGAAACCUUAUAUCGAACAAAAAACAGAACGACCCAUUGCUGGUGCACUAGAUUACAUAGAAUUCACGCACACCUUGUUCCAGAAUUGAUUAAUCUUAUAAAACAUAGAUAUUCUAUUAUAGCAAUAGUUUUUUAAAGCUUAUACACUAUCUAUCGAAUAAGUUCGUGCAACAUGAUUUACUAAUGACACAUUUAUUCCUUUUUUGUAAUCAUAUUUUUAGGUAAAGUAUUGUAUGUACUUUGAAGAAGAUUCACGGUUAUUUGAGAGUUUGGAAAUGGUCAAAGAUCUCGGGUAGUAGUGAACUACCAAAUUAUUAUAAAUGGGGAUGACUGAUUCGGAAACAACGUUUUAUCAAAUAUUAACCUUCUACUUUACUUCCAAUUUACCUAUAUAUGGCACUAUUGUCAAAAAUAUGGAAACGGUCGAAUCUGACUGGUAUAUCAUCCUACUGUUCUAAAUUUGGGGCAUAUCAGUCCACUACUUCCCCAGGAAUUCUACUGAAUCGCUACCAGACUUUCAAACAGCCGAAUAUAUAAAUAUAUAAUUAUAUGCCCCUACAUAUGAUUGUUUUCUUAUGUCUUAGAGACCUUGAAGUAGUGUCUAUUUGGAUCCCAAAAAGGUACCCCUCAGUUAUUUUCUGGACAGGUCAAGCUAACAAGUUGAAGUUCGGGGUGAUGAAAUUGAUGCACGACUACUAUACAGAGUGUUAAUUAUGUACCAUAAAUUUAACAGACGAUUAUUUGAGUAAUCUUGAGACAAGAAGCUCAUAUAAACAUAGGUCCGCAAAUGCUUCGUUCUCAUGAUAUAGGGUGUUGAAAUUUUAAAAAAUGCAUCUGAAC